UGUGAAAAAUCAUGUAGAUUCAUUUCGAAAUAUUCUAAAACGUUGGUGCUCAAAAUCAUUUAAUAAAAUUAGAAUAAUUUUAGAGCAUUUGAACUACAUUCUCCUUGAUUUUUAAUUAUCAUAAUAUUAGUACAAUAUUAUAAGGUAUUUAACAAUUUCAUGAACUAGAUUAUUUUAAUUAUCAUGUCAUUAGUAUCAAUCGGAUUUUUCAAUUAUUAUUAUCUCCUAGUUGUGCUGAUUGCUGUCUGAACCAAAUUCUAGCUCCUUUCAGCUGCACAAGAGUCUCCAAUCCCAACUCUCUCUCUCUCUCUCCACUUGCCAAAGGAAAAAGGCUAAAGAGAAAAGGGACCAAACCACACACGCACACACAGAAAUAUGUCUUCCCCAAGCAAGCGCCGAGAGAUGGACUUGAUGAAACUGAUGAUGAGUGAUUACAAGGUCGAGAUGAUUAAUGAUGGAAUGCAAGAAUUUUAUGUGCAAUUCCAUGGACCCAAUGACAGUCCUUAUCAUGGUGGUGUGUGGAAAGUAAGAGUUGAGUUGCCGGAUGCUUAUCCUUACAAAUCUCCUUCCAUUGGAUUUAUCAACAAGAUCUAUCACCCGAAUGUUGAUGAGAUGUCAGGAUCAGUUUGUCUGGAUGUUAUCAAUCAAACCUGGAGCCCCAUGUUCGAUCUUGUUAAUGUGUUUGAGGUGUUUCUACCUCAACUUCUGCUGUAUCCCAAUCCAUCAGACCCCUUGAAUGGAGAAGCUGCCGCUUUAAUGAUGCGUGACCGACCAAGUUAUGAACAAAGGGUUAAAGAGUACUGUGAGAAGUAUGCUAAACCCGAAGACAUAGGGGAAGCCACAGAAGAGAAAUCCAGUGAUGAGGAGAUGAGUGAAGAUGAAUAUGAUUCUAGUGAUGAACAGGUUGUUGGUAAAGCAGACCCCUAGCUUUGCAUGCAUGUCCUGUUCUUAACUUUGCAUUUUAUCUGUACAUGAUGUUCUUCUUCUAGUUCUGUUAAUUCACCUCACCACAUGUGAGCUUAUUAUGGAUAAGGGGGGAAAUUCCCCUUCCUUUCUAGUUUCCCUGUCGCUGUAAAUAAAGUACCAUUGAUUUCCUGAUGCAAUCUUAUUUCAUGUUUAGCACUUUCAAGUGACUGUGCUGUGCUGUUUAGCCAUGGUAAUUUAAUCAACAAUGUUAGCACACAGUGUAUAAAUGACACUCCUUGUAUUGGGUGAUUCAUGUUUGUUCCAUUAAAUGAUGUGAAUCUUACUCUAUUUAUUUAGUA